AUGACUACUCAUCAUGAACCACCCGCGAUACUCGAUAGCGCAGUUGUGCGUAGCGGUACCAUACAGGCGAAUUUGAGUGAACCAGAUGCCAUUGAACCGCCUAAUGCCGCCUUCCAUGAUCCAGAGUCCGGAGAACGCCAACCCCUUAUAGGUUCGACCCCACCAAGCGAGGAUGAUUGGAAAGCUCCUCCUUACUUCAUCUGGAUCGAGAUGGCGAUCAUGUCCAAUGUCUUUCUUUACGGGUUUGACGGCACUAUCACAGCAGCUACAUACGCCGUGAUCAGCUCCGAGUUCGAUGCCACCAACACUGCAUCCUGGCUCACUACAUCAUAUCUCAUUACAAGCACGGCCUUCCAGCCCCUAUAUGGCCGUGUAUCCGAUAUUUUCGGUCGCCGCAUUUGCUUUUUCAUUUCUACUAUUACCUUUGCUGUUGGCUGCCUAGGAUGCGGUCUUGCAAAUGACAUCGUCUUGUUAGACUGCAUGAGAGCUCUGGCAGGCUUCGGUGGUGGGGGCCUCAUGACUAUGGCUACAAUUGUGAACUCCGAUAUGAUUCCCUUCCGUCGACGCGGAAUGUACCAAGCCAUGCAAAAUGGCAUAUUUGGCUUCGGCGCAAUAUGUGGCGCAUCUUUCGGCGGCUCGAUAGCUGAUACUAUCGGAUGGCGUUGGUGUUUUAUCUUACAAGUCCCGGUAUCUAUCGUAGCACUUAUUCUCGGUUACGUGGUCAUUAAGAACCAGCAGAUCAGCUUCAGUGGCGGUUCAGGCCUGAAGGAGACGUGGCGUAGAGUCGACUUCCUAGGGUCGUUUCUUCUUGUUUUAGCAAUCUCCGUCCAGCUUGUUGGGCUGAGCUUAGGUGGAAAUGAGUUGCCAUGGAGCAGUCCAUGGGUAAUAAUAUCCCUGGCCGGAAGCGCCGUGCUCUUCGGCAUUUUCUUCUGGGUCGAGGGUAAUACCACGGCGAUUCCAGUAAUACCCUUACGCAUGUUAAGGGGCCGUUUACCUAUCUUUAUACAAUUGUCCAAUGUCUGUGCUGGGCUCUCUGCUUAUGCGUAUCUUUUCCUACUCCCCUUAUUUUUUCAGAUUGUACUGCUCGAUUCGGCUACGACCGCAGGGGCGAGACUCGCUAUCCCAUCGUUAGCAACUCCUAUAGGAGGUCUCAUCGCAGGCAUUGUCAUGUCUCGGUGGGGGAAACUAAUCACUCUCGUCCGUAUUGGUGCAAUAUUGAUGGCUAUUGGGAACGGUUUAGUAACCUCACUAAGCUUUGUAGAUUCUAAUUGGAAAUACUACAUUUACAUCUUUCCUGCGAAUCUAGGUCAGGGUAUCAUAUACCCCGGUAUUCUCUUCACAUCACUAGCUACUUUCGAGCAUGCAGAUCAUGCUGUUUCCGCGUCUACUGUCUACCUCAUUCGAUCGCUUGGUACAGUUUGGGGCGUAUCAAUAACAUCCGCAAUCGUACAAACAACGCUCAGUAUUCGACUCCCAGCAGUAUUGCAUGAUGUACCAGAUAAAUGGAGAAUAAUCGACGCAAUUCGCCACUCCGCCGAGACAUUGCGUGAGCUGCCCCCAGAUAUCCAGCUCAAAGCACGAAUGGUUUACUACGAUGGAUUGAGAUACUCCUUUACCGCGUCAACCGUCUUUGCAAUUAUUGCGUUCUGCGCGGCAAUGUGUGCCAAUGGAAGAGGACUACGCAAAACAAGUGGCUAG